CUUGGUUACAGUCGGUGUUGGGACGUCGAGUUGGCUGGGUCUCACAACCAGGCAAUUUUCGAUUUCACCAACAAAAUCAUUUAAACAAAUAAUUAACAAUAUCAUUCAUAACAAUAAUCUAAUAAUUUAUAUUAAAUUAAAUCCCACUAUUAAAUAGUAACACUUUGACUGAUUUUUAUUCGUGUUGUUUGUUGUCUUUGUUCUUUUUGGGACGUUCAAAUAAGAAAGAUAAUGGAAAGUUAGACAAAAAAAAUUACUAAAAUGUUUAAAAACGGUUUUCAAGAAGAACGAGUCGAAGCCGAUUCCAGGCUUCAACACGUCUUCAGCAAAUUGACCGGUGUUUUUCCGAAAGCUGGCGACUUGGGAAACGGUCAAAAUCAAAAAGUUAUGUCUUCAGAUAUUAUUGAAUCAGUUCUCGCCGAUUCACCAAUUCCAGUUCAAAAUUGGAAUUUCGAUUCAUAUUCAUCCCAAGAAGAUUGUAAUUCAUCAUCGAUUACUUCAUUAUCGAAUCGUUUGGAAAUGGAAUUAAGAACGGCAAAGCGUACCCAUUUAUCGUGCGGUGAAGUUUUGUUACCAUGCGGGCUUCUUCAACGGAUUGCGAGGGAUGUGUUGGCUAUGGCCGAAUCAGAACCUUGUGGGUUAAGAGGUUGCGUGCUCUAUUUGGAGUUUGAAGGUGAAAAUGGCAACAUGAAGUUAUCAACGAUUAAAUGUGACCCAAUGACAGCUGCUACCUUUGAGUUGUAUUUAACAUUGAAGCAGUCUGUUGCUGGAUGGAAUUCGUUUAUACCACAAUUUAUUAAGAAUUUAACUAGAGGAGCUGGAACGGUUAUGAUAAGUCCAGCUUAUACAUUAAGCAAAAAUAAAUUGUAUCGAUCUUAUAUUGAUUGAGGAUGAGAUGGAGGAUGGUGAAGAAAAGUGGUUGUUUUUUUGAAGACUGACGAAUCAAGAAAAAUAGAAGACGUUGAUGAAAACGAAAUAUUUAAAACAUUUUUUUGUAAAUAUGAGUGGGUCGAUUGAAAAUUCUACGGUCUAAUUACAUGAUUAUUUCUUUUUUCUUAUUGGGUUGAUCAUAAAAUUUUCAGUUGUCCUACGAUAUAAUUAUUUAAAAAGAUUAUCACGAAUUAUUAAGGAAAAAAGCUUUUUCAAAGCGAGGUGGUGAUAAAGUAUUAGUAGUUGUUUAAGGUAAUCGACUGAAAAGAAGAAGAUUUCGCCCCUGAAUUUCUUAUGUGAGCCUUUUCGGUGGUGAUAUUAAACAAAAAUUGAAUGAAUUUUCAAGGUGAUAUACAAAAAAAAUUAUUUAAAAAGAAUAUGUAACGAUCUUUAUAUCCAAUGUAAUGAGUACCUGCGUAAUUUUGCCCCCUUUAUUUUUGUAUUAUUUUUUAUUUAAACAAAUAUCGUACUUAUAAGUUAAGAAUUAGAAUUUUU